AUGAUAUAUACAAAUAAUUUUCCAAUAUCUACUCGAUUAUCACAACCAACGUCAAUGCUUCUUACUGAUAAAGAAGCAAAAACUUUAGAUUUCAAUGAUAAACUUCUCCUACCAAGUUCCACACGUUCAAUUAAACGACGAAUAAGUUUAUUAGAGAAGAGUAGAGAUUGGGCUCGACGCUUAAUAACUCUUCAUCGACCACGUCGUAAUACAUUGUCUACAGAAAGAAAUCAUGAAAUAUGCAAUGAAUUAACUAAAAAACCUGAAAUAAAAACACAUUCUUCUCAGCAAUUAUUACAUAAUUCUCAGAAGAAUUUCGAUGAAGAUGGCUAUCUAUCUCCAUUAGAGAUAAAAGCAAAACUUGAUAAUAUUACUCAACAGAAUACUAAUCAACAAUAUCAAUCUAAUUCAAAAUUAUUAUCAAACUCCGACCAAUUACAUCUUAAUUUCUGUAAUAAAUCUCAAGUUAUCUAUCGAUAUCAUGAUCCAAAUAUUUCAAUUCCGCCGACAUGUCAAUGUAUAUGUCAACAACAACAACAACAAAAACGAAUACCAACAACAUCAUUUGUUUCUGAAUUUCAAAAAAUCUCUUUCAAUUAUGAUGAUCCAUUAGAAAGUAUAAAAUAUCUAUUUAAUGACAGUAAUAAUAAUCAACAACAGGGAGGAUAUUUUUCUCGUCGUAUACCACGUCGUACAACAAAUGUAUCAUCAAUAUCAACGGAUUCAGGUUAUAGUGAUAUACCUGUAUCAUCACCAAAACUUAUUCCUGUACAUUUAAUAUCAUGUACAUUAAUACCGGUGAAUUUAACAGGACAAGAUUCAAUAAAUAGACGUUGUUUAACAUGUACAUGUCGUCCAUCAUCAUCAUCAUUAUCAACAACAUGUUUACCAAAUCAACAAGAACGUAAAUUUUUCACACAUUCAUCUCGUUCUUAUAUUUCUCAUCAACCUGUAACACAUAUAAAUAAAACUGAGAAUGAAAUUCAUAAUCAAUGUACAUGUAAUAAUACAUAUCAUUCGACAAUGACAAUAUAUCCAUCAUCACCACCACCACCAAUACCAAAAAAAUCUAGAUUGAAAAUUAAUGAUUAUAAAGAUGAAUAUUAUUAUCAACAACAACAACAAACACAAUUAGUGAAUAAACAAGCAAAUGUAAAAAGACUUACUACUAUUACCACUACUACAGAUGAUUUAACGUCAAUAGCACGUUGGUAUAAACCAUAUCUAGAAAGAGGAGCAGUAUGUGAUGUUCUUCAACAAGCUGAUUAUGGUACAUUUAUUCUACGUAAUAGCACGACACAUACAAAUUGUUAUGCAUUAUCAAUAAAAGUUCCAAAAUUUACGCAUGAUUCAAAUAUAGUUCAUUAUCUUAUUGAAAAAACUGUUGUGGAUAAUAAUCCUAGUUAUCGUAUAAAAGGAACGAUUAAACAAUUUCCUACGCUUCUAUCACUUUUAACACAUCAUUCAGUUAUGCCAGAAAUUUUACCUAUAACACUUAAUCUUAAUGAAUCAUUUACUAUUUGA